GAAGUGAUUGCCCUCCUCUUCCGGGGGUGAGGCUGGUGACGUAGUUCCGUUUCCCGGCAGCGGGACGCGCAGCGCCAUGGCCGGCAUCAAAGCUCUGAUCAGCCUGUCCUUCGGGGGAGCGGUGGGACUGAUGUUCCUGAUGCUGGGCUGCGCCCUUCCUCAGUACAACCAAUACUGGCCACUGUUUGUUCUGUUCUUUUACAUCCUUUCUCCUAUCCCAUACUGCAUAGCAAGAAGAUUAGUAGAUGACACAGAUGCUACGAGUAACGCCUGCAAGGAGCUGGCUGUAUUUCUUACAACAGGCAUUGUUGUCUCGGCAUUUGGACUGCCUAUAGUGUUUGCCAGAGCAGAACUGAUUUACUGGGGCGCAUGUGCACUUGUUCUUACGGGAAAUACAGUCAUCUUCGCUACAAUCCUAGGAUUUUUCUUGGUCUUUGGCAGCAAUGAUGACUUCAGCUGGCAGCAGUGGUGAAAGGAAGAUGCGAACUAUCAUAGACAUCUUGUCAUUCAGUGGCCAUCCAUACAAAUGAGAGAAUGGGCAAUAAAGAGAAGUAGUGUAGCAAGCCUCUCCAGUAUUUUAGACACUCCUUUUUCACCUUGUUUGUUCUGAGUGUACUACUGUUUGGCUGAUGGGUUUCUAAGUUUUUAUCAAGUAAAGAGAUAGCUGAUUUCAUUUUUACCUUUAGUAUCUUUUAGGUGGUCUCUUAGUUUGUCAUUCUUGUUCUGUUCAGUGUUUAUGUGAAGCUUUAAAGCUGAAACAAGAAUGUUAAACUUGCUUUGAAACCAUGUUUUAAAGUUUUAUUUUAGCAUUAAUACCGUGCUUCAUUUUUUCUAAUGUGGUGAUUAAAUUAUAUACAAACUGAACUAAGGUAAGCAAUUGUACACCACCACUGUCAGUUACAGAUACACAGCUUGUUAUAAUUUUAGAAGAGGCAAGGGUGGGUGUGUACCAGUUACAGACUUUUUCUUCUGCCCGUACCUCAAACUGGGUGAUGAAUGUUGAUAGCCUUCAUUUAAAGAAAAGGCUGAGAAGCAGGUGGAGUUAUUUGGGAAAAGUCCUCAAUUUAAGCACCGCUAGCACUUUACCUGCUUCGUUAUUGGUUUUUGUGUGGAUGUGACAUUCAAAUACUCUGUAAAUGUGGUAAUAUUAUGACAUGCAAAACCAAAUUGCGUUGUAGGGGGAGGGGAAAAUGAUACAUAAAUUCCAUUUUUUUUAAAACAAAUAUCUUUUGAAUUCUAUUUAUAAUUGUUGUAUUGUUUUGAACUUUUAUGUUAACUUUUUACCAUGAAGAGGGUAAAAUGUUCAUUUAUGGAACUACUGCUACGUUUUAAUUUGAAGCAUAUACAAAACUUUUCUCCUUCCUCUUUUUAAUUUAUUUUAUACAUACCAUGAAUGGAAUAAAACUUUUCAAAUGUAAAUU